CUGUGGCCAUCACACACCCUCAUUUCUACAGCCGACUCUAUCUUAUUUCUAUUCUGUCUGUGUUGAAAGCCCCCCAAGUCUCUGGUAAACAAGCCCAAGGAGCUUUCUGAGCAUUGCUAACAAGACAGAGCACCUCAGAGAGGAAGGUCCUGGAGCUCAUCCAAGCCAGCACCCCUCCUCCUCUGGCCUCAUCAUCAUCUGGAUCCUACCGUUCCGGACUCCUCCAAGGAUGAUUUUGGAGGAUCUGCUAAUGGUCCUCAGUUGUCUCGGCCUGCACACUCUCUGGAAGGCCCAAGCUGUUCCUAUCCUGCCCCUGAGCCUGGUUCCAGACACCUUCGAUGAUGCCUAUGUGGGCUGCUCUGAGGAGAUGGAAGAGAAAGCAGGCCUGCUGCUAAAGGAGGAGAUGGGGCGCCAUGCCCUGCUACAGGAAUCCUGGGAAGCGGCCCAAGAGGCCUGGGAACACAGGCGUCACAGGCUUACUCUACCUCCUGGCUUCAGAGCCCAGCAUGGAAUAGCUAUCAUAGUGUACACCAACUCAUCCAACACCUUGUACUGGGAACUGAACCAGGCUGUGCGGACAGGGGGUGGCUCCCGGGAGCUCUACCUGAGGCACUUCCCCUUCAAGGCCCUCCACUUUUACCUGACCCGGGCCCUGCAGCUGCUGAGAGGCACUGGGGGUUGCAGUGGGAGAGAUGGGGAGGUGGUGUUCCGGGGUGUGGGCAGCCUUCACUUUGAACCCAAGAGGCUGGGGGACUUUGUCCGGUUUGGACAGUUUGCUUCUAGCUCUCUGGAUGAAACAGUGGCUCGCGGGUUUGGUAAUGCCACUUUCUUCAACCUAAGGACUUGUUUUGGGGCUCUUAUCCAGGCUUUGUCUGUCUUCCCUGAGGAGCGUGAGGUGCUGAUACCCCCACAUGAAGUCUUCUUGGUCACUGGGUUCUUCCAGGAUGGAGCCCAGAGCGUAGUAACUCUCUGGAGUUCUAAUCAGACCUGCAGCCACUUUAACUGCGCCUAUUUGGGUGGGGAGAAGAGGCAUGGCUGUGUGUCCUCAACAGCAGUAGGGCAGCCAGAGUCAUCCCCCACAGAGGCCUUGGCUCUACGAUCAGGGAAGACGAUGCUCUUGGCCCCUGGGGAGUUGCAGCUCUCCAGAGCUGGACCCUGAAAGCCUCUUAGGAACCUUGGGAACUGCUGACCUUUCUAUGACCUUUCAAUGAAGAGGGGGCUUUGGGCAGCCCCAAGAAGCAAUGGUGUGGUUCUGGUUCCAGUCCUAGGGGCUACCUCUCCAACCAGGGAUGGAGACCUGAGCUAUGGCAGGGUUGAGGGAACCAUACUAUGUGGUGGGGACUUCCUAGGGCAUGUGAGAUCAAGACUGGAUGGUUACUCAAUUAAAUCGAGUUGUGGUAUAGAGA